AAUAUUGUUGUUUUCACGUAUGACCAGUAGAGGGCGCUGUCAGAUUAUGAGAUGUCACGUCGACAAGCUUGUCGGAUAAGUACAGCUCAUUCAAUUUUACAGCCGUUGAAACGGAGCACGAGACAACGGAUGUUGCGUUACAGUUCCACGCGCCACGCACUGUACCCUCGUCGCCUACUGACCUGCUCGCGGCACACCUAGUAUUCGAGACCACAUAAACUUUCUCCCACUGCAACUGCUUGUUAGUCUUGAUCCUAAACGUGUAAGACGAGGACCUCAGCCCUCGCUCUUACUCUAUAAGCCUUCCAACGCACAAAAUUGGUAUAACCAAUCAAAACAUACUUUAGUUAUACUACAAUACUUGAUCUCUUGCAUCUUAGUCAGGGCUAGCGUUGCCUGUUUUGUGAUACCAUUCAAUAAUAAAGAACCCAUUCACAUUCAUACGAAAGGCUGAAUGAUAAUAUUAUACAAGAAGACCAAGGACUAAAUAGCGCAAAUUAGUCUUGGUUUUGGUUAAGCUGAACAACAUUAUUGAAGACGACGGCAUCAUGCUAGAAGAUAGAGAUAUGCAGCCAGACGACUUGUCCAAACCCAAACAAUACGCCACUUUCAAGAAGUCGCUUAUGAAGCGAUACUUGGAUGGGUGUGAGGAUGCUCGAUCUUAUAACAACCUUUUGUUGAAAAAGUCAUCAGGUCAUCGCAGUAAGACGAAUACACUACUUCAGAAUAUUUUACAACAGCCUCCUCAGCACCUUCCGUUCUCCAUGAUCGCCUUGUCUCACCACCCAGCCUUCUCCUGCAACACCACAACAGGAUCCUUACCUCCAAGUCCAGCGGAUAGCGGAGUAUCAGAUGUGGACAGUAGUAGUGGUCACCUGAGUAACGACGAAUCGAAACCUAAGCUUAGAUGCACACCAGCGUCUUCAAGAACACCAGACUCCUCUUCAUCUAAUGGCCAGCCCUAUUUUCAGUCCUACCCCCAGGUGGCGCUAUCACCACGCCAUUCUCAUCACCUUUAUUCGCAAAGACCUUAUCCUAGUAUUGUCCAAUUCUCUUCAGAAAACCAUUACAAGACCUCUCAGUCUCAAUACUUUGUGGAGUCUCCAAUCCAACAAAAGCCGCAUAGUACCCAAAACAUUAUUCAACACAAAAGGAGUUCUUCCCAUUCAGUUACACAGUCAGACUCAUUCCCUCCGUUACCCCGUCCUACACCUUCAGCUCAUUCCAGCCACCCUCACGUUUCGAGUACCAGUUAUUUGGGACCAUCUCCUAAUCUCCAUGAACAUCCUCAAUUCUCCUCCAGUAACGUUUCUUUGACAAGACCAUCUUCAUCCUCAUCAACAUCUCCUUCCUCUUCUGGACUUCACUCACCUGUUGGUAAACCUCCCGCUACCCCCCCAACAUCCGUUAUUACUGCAGCUCAUAGCAGCAGCAACUUUGGAGAUGAUCCGUCCUUUUAUGUUGAAGAUCUCUCUUUCCAACCAAAAGUAAAAAGAAAGGUCGAAAACCUAAGAAUUCUGAAAGUGGGGCAACAUACGUGAAAAGAAAGAGCAGAGAAAGUGCGACUACCUAUUUGUGGGAGUUUCUACUUAAACUUUUACAAGACAAAGAAUACUGUCCACGCUACAUAAAGUGGACAAACAGAGAAAAAGGCAUAUUUAAAUUAGUUGA